AGAUUUGAUAUGAAUGCAAAAACAUUUGAUAAAUAUCUGAGUGUGCCUUUGUCAAACUGACAUUUAAAUUGUAUUGUUUACAACAUUGGGGUACAAGUAUGGAAGACACGGCGAAAAGUUACCUUGCUAGAAGUCACCAUGUGUUCCAUUAAUUAACCUAAAUUCUAUUAUAUCAGCUCGGAUACUUUGUAUUUGCGGAAGUAGUCACAUAUCAUAAACACGCGCCCCAUAUUCACAUAUGUGCAGUGUUUGUAAGGGAAGGAUUUUAUCUGAUAACAUACACACCGAUGGAUGUAAAUUCAACAAACAGUACUGCAAUAUUUAUUCUAUCUUCGGACUAUAUUCUGUGGCAUUUGAACGAAAAAGAGUUCGAAAACAAUAAACCUGCCAUCAUUUUCCUGUUAAUCAGCAUGGUCGUGGGAACAGUAGGGAACGGACUAGUGAUAUAUGUGUACGGCUGGCAACUAAGACCAAAUUCCUCAAAGAAUAUCUUCAUAACAUGGUUGGCUGUGUUCGAUUUGAUUUCCUGUUGCAUCACUAUUCCAUUUGAGGCCUUUGACUUACGCUUUCCUAUGCUAUAUGGUGAAGGUGUUGUAUGUAAAAUAUCCCGAACGCUGGCUUUUGCGGUUAACAUUACUUCCGGUCUAAUUCUAGUCUUGAUUGCGUUUGACAGAUUACAGAUAACAAGGCCCCCAUAUAAAAGUUAUACUAAAAAGACAACCAGACUGCUGAUUUUACUAGUGACUACUAUAUCGUUCGUCUUAUCUAUUCCUGCGCUAUUUGUGUUUGGAACUAAAACAAUACACACAAAGUUCAUGGGCGUGGACGGUAAAGACUGCUCCUAUGAUGAUUCAGUUGAAGACACAAGUUUUCCAAUUAUUUAUUAUGUACUUUUAGCUGUAAUAUUUCUAUUAACAUUUGUUAUUCUAGGAAUAUUAUAUGUAAAAAUUGCAAUUGCAAUAUAUAAGUGGAAGCAUACCAUCAUUGGCGAUGCUCUUGCAAUGUCCAUUCGGAAUGGACCCCGAAUGCCACGAAGAACGUCUGUUGAAUCCGCCAAAAUUCACGCGAUAAAUUCAAAGAAGACCAGUAUUUCAUCAGUUUCUUUAGCAGAGUCAUUUAAUAGUAAUUUGAAUAACAGUAAAAACAAAGGUAAUUCUUCUCAUUAUCAUGAACAAAAUAACCAAGCGCACGCGCAGGUUCAGAACCCACAAAUUGCAAGUCAGAGACGUGAUGCCAGCAUUGCAAACUCAACAAGAAGUACACAGAGCUCAAUUUCAGAAUAUCCAGAUGACGAAAAGAGAAAGCAGUCAAUAAAAGAAAGAGCAAGUCCAAUUAAAUCUAACAUUUUAUUUAUUACCAUAACUGUUGUGUUUGUGUUGAGUUAUCUUCCUUUCUUGUUAUUUGAACUUUUAAAAAGGGUUCUAGAGGAAGGAGCAUUUAAUGAAACAGCUUUUGAAUUGGUUACUAAAUCUGUAUAUUUAAACAAUUUAGUGAACCCUGUUAUUUACGGAAUUUACAACGAGAAAUAUAGAAAGGAAAUUCGAAAUCUAUUUUGUCCGCGACCAAAUUUCAGAUUGAAUUAUUAUAAAUCAAGUCUAAGUAACUAACACGAAAUGUCUUUAUUAUAUGUGAUCCAUGACAAAUUCUUUUCUGAAAAUCCUAAUGGAUAAACUUUUUUGUCAUUCAUGCAUAUUUUUAAACCGAAAACGUGUGGUGCAUCUGCAGGUAAAUGAAAUGUCCUACUCCUGGUCUGAAAAGUAUUCUAAUUUUAAUUCUCUUAAUGUGACAUGUUUACUUUCCGCUUCAGAAGUCUAGUUGUUAGUGUGAUAUUGUUUUUGAAAGUGCAAAAGACUGUAAUUUUUUAUGAAAUGUUUUAUGAACUGUACCAUGUAUUGUUUCAAUUUUAAUUUAUUGAAGUGAAUUAAAGACCCAUUUGUAAUAUUUUC